CACACCCGAGCAUAUCACAGUGACAGACACGAUGGUGAGCGCCAGAAUUGUUGUCCUCCUCGCCACCCUCCUAUGCGCUGCCGCCGCAGUCGCGUCGUCCUGGGAGGACGACAACCACCACCACCACGGGGGCCACAAGUCCGGGCAAUGCGUGCGGCGGUGCGAGGACCGGCCCUGGCACCAGCGCCCCCGGUGCCUGGAGCAGUGCAGGGAGGAGGAGCGGGAGAAGCGGCAAGAGCGGAGCAGGCACGAGGCCGACGACCGCAGCGGCGAGGGCUCGUCGGAGGAUGAGCGAGAGCAGGAGAAGGAGAAACAGAAGGACCGGCGGCCGUACGUGUUCGACCGGCGCAGCUUUCGUCGCGUGGUCCGGAGCGAGCAGGGGUCCCUGAGGGUGCUCCGGCCCUUCGACGAGGUGUCCAGGCUCCUCCGCGGCAUCCGGGACUACCGCGUGGCGGUCCUGGAGGCGAACCCGCGCUCGUUCGUGGUGCCCAGCCACACCGACGCGCACUGCAUCUGCUACGUGGCGGAAGGCGAGGGAGUGGUGACGACGAUCGAGAACGGCGAGAGGCGGUCAUACACCAUCAAGCAAGGCCACGUCUUCGUGGCGCCGGCCGGGGCGGUCACCUACCUGGCCAACACCGACGGCCGGAAGAAACUGGUCAUCGCCAAGAUCCUCCAUACCAUCUCCGUGCCUGGCGAGUUCCAGUUCUUCUUCGGCCCCGGCGGGAGGAACCCGGAAUCGUUCCUGUCGAGCUUCAGCAAGAGCAUCCAGAGAGCUGCAUACAAGACCUCGAGCGACCGUCUGGAGAGGCUGUUCGGGAGGCAUGGGCAGGACAAGGGGAUCAUCGUGCGCGCCACGGAGGAGCAGACCCGCGAGCUGCGGCGCCACGCCUCGGAGGGCGGCCACGGCCCGCACUGGCCCCUGCCGCCGUUCGGCGAGUCGCGCGGCCCCUACAGCCUCCUGGACCAGCGGCCCAGCAUCGCCAACCAGCACGGGCAGCUCUACGAGGCCGACGCGCGCAGCUUCCACGACCUCGCCGAGCACGACGUCAGCGUCUCCUUCGCCAACAUCACCGCGGGGUCCAUGAGCGCGCCAUUGUUCAACACCCGUUCGUUCAAGAUCGCCUACGUGCCGAACGGCAAGGGCUACGCCGAGAUCGUGUGCCCGCACCGCCAGUCGCAGGGCGGCGAGAGCGAGCGCGAGCGCGACAAGGGCAGGAGGAGCGAAGAAGAAGAAGAAGAAUCGUCUGAGGAGCAGGAGGAGGCCGGGCAGGGGUACCACACCAUCCGGGCGCGGCUGUCACCGGGCACGGCGUUCGUGGUGCCCGCGGGCCACCCGUUCGUCGCGGUGGCGUCCCGGGACAGCAACCUCCAGAUCGUGUGCUUCGAGGUCCACGCCGACAGGAACGAGAAGGUGUUCCUGGCCGGCGCCGACAACGUGCUGCAGAAGCUCGACCGGGUCGCCAAGGCGCUGUCAUUCGCCUCCAAGGCGGAGGAGGUGGACGAGGUGCUCGGCUCGCGGCGCGAGAAGGGGUUCCUUCCUGGCCCCAAGGAGAGCGGCGGCCACGAGGAGCGGGAGCAAGAGGAGGAGGAGGAACGCGAAGAACGCCACGGCGGCCGUGGGGAGAGGGAACGCCACGGACGUGAGGAGCGGGAGAAAGAGGAGGAGGAACGCGAAGGACGCCACGGCCGCGGGCGCCGCGAGGAGGUGGCGGAGACGCUCAUGAGGAUGGUUACCGCCAGGAUGUGAGGCCGCCGCGCUCGCCAAAACGAGCAAGAAGCAACAAGAGGGUGGCGCGCGACCGACGUGCGUACGUAGCAUGAGCCUGAGUGGAGACGUUGGACGUGUAUGUAUAUACCUCUCUGCGUGUUAACUAUGUACGUAAGCGGCAGGCAGUGCAAUAAGUGUGGCUCUGUAGUAUGUACGUGCGGAUACGAUGCUGUAUGCUACUGAGGCAAGUCCCAUAAAUAAAUAAUGACACGUGCGUGUUCUAUAA